GUCGCAUGUUAAGAGAGAAACGCGUGUGUAAGGCAGGACUUUUUUAUGAUUUAUUAAAGUUUUAUCUGGUGUUUGGGUAGACUUUUUUCUUUUUUCCGGGGCGAGUAAAUCAUCCGCGGCGAGAGCUGAAAAAACCCGGAUAAAACCAUGAAGAGGAAAAAUCCUGAAAGCGAGACGCCGUCCGCUGACUACGUGGUGGGUCAGGUUUCGGGAAGCGUGUUCCGCCAGAGCUCGGCGGCGUCCGCUUCGCUGUCGGCUCUCUUCAGCACCGACGCGCCUGCUGCCCCGCUGCGCUUCCAGCCUCCACCCAAGCCUGUUCAGAGGAGCACACUCACCCCCGAGCAGCCCAGAGAGAGUCCAGAGGCCCGACAGCAGCCCGCGCAGAAGAAGAAGAAGACGACGAAAGAGAAAUCAGCCGCUGACCGCCGGCUGGAGAACAGGGAGAGCGCUCUGCAGGAGGCCGACCGGGAGGAGCAGGGCCCGAGCGCCGCCCGGAGGAGCGAGAAGGAGCGCUGGGUGCUGAGGAGGCAGCGGCUGAAGGCCGGCCGGCAGGAGGAGGCCCUGAAGGCCCAGAGGACCGUGUUCGUGGGAAACCUCCCUGUCAGCUGCACCAAGAAGACCCUGAGGACCAUCUUCAGAGACAGCGGCGUCAUCGAUUCCAUCCGAUUUCGCUCUGUGGUCAGAGAAGACCCCUCCAUGACUCGCAAACUGGCCACCAUCAAACGUAAAGUCCAUCCCAAGAAGCAGAGCAUGAACGCCUACGUGGUGUUUCAGGACGAGGCCGGCGCCGGCAGGGCUCUGGAGAGGAACGGCAUGGAGGUGGAGAAAGACUUCCACAUCCGGGUGGACCGAGCGGGCGGCGCGUCGGCGCACGACCACCGCCGCUCCGUGUUCGUGGGAAACCUGUCGUUCGAAAUGAAAGAGGUGGACUUUCGGCAGCACUUCGCGGAGUGUGGCGACGUGGAGGCCGUGAGGCUGGUGCGAGACAAGAACAGCGGCCUGGGGAAAGGCUUCGGCUACGUCCUGUUCCAGAGCGCCGACUCGGUGCAGCUGGCCCUGGAGCUGGACGGCUCCAAGCUGCAGGGCCGAGCCGUCCGAGUGAAGAGGUCGGUGAAGAAGGAGAAGGAGGGGAAGGCCCCGGGCCCCAAGGCAGGCGCUGCCCCGCGACGGUUCAAAUCCCACAAGGCGCUUCCUGGGAAGCAGCAGACGUCCAGCCAGAGCUCCUUCAGCGGAGAAAAGGCCGACCCAAACCGGAAGGCCAAAAAGAAAGGAGUGAAGAAGAGAGUGACGCCCCGCCGGCCUGCUCACCCCUGACACUCCCGGUCUGACUGGGGUCAGCGUUUCAGUGUUAAUCCCAUUCUCACACACACACCCUGACCCUGUGACUGUUGUAAUAAAUGUUUUUGAACAUCAUUGAAAAGGUAGUUUCCAUGUUUGUCCUGCUUUCAUCAGGAAUUCGUCACUUUAAACUUCUGAGGAUGGUUUGGUUCAACUGUCCCGGACUUUACCUUCAGAACAGAGAUGGAGCUCACUUUUACACUUCUCUGAUCCUGAAGCGUUUGUCCCAUUCUCUCACACACACACACACACACCCCGGUGGCUGCAGCUGCCGUUCAUGGCUGUCAGUCCAGAAUGUUUCAGUGUGCCGAAUACCUGCUGAUGUGCAGAGGUUGAAAGGUCAAAUGUCUUUUAGCCGCAGUGGAGUCGCUGCUGUUGAAAAAGAACCGGUUCACCUGGAAACUGAGAGCUCCAGCUGGUCC